CUUGGUAUGGUUGAUGGUUCUGCUAUUAUUCCCCCUGCAACUGUUCUUGAUGAACAUGGUGUUUCUAUUCCUAAUAAUCAGUUCUAUGAAUAUUUGCGUGUGGAUCAGCAAAUAAAAUCUUGGAUUUUUGCCACACUUUCUAGGGAUAUUUUUGUAGAUGUGCAUGAUUUAUCUACUUCUGUGGAAAUUUGGACUAGAUUACAGACUAGAUUUAUGCAUGCUAGUAUGGCCAGAUCAAUGGAGUUAAAGGGCCAUCUUACUCGUAUUAAAAAGACUACUUCCUAGACCAUGGAUGGAUAUUUACGUGAGAUUAAGGUGAUUGCUGAUUCCCUUGCUGCUAUUCAGUGUCCUAUGUCGAACCAGGAUUUAGUGCAGUAUACCCUUUUUGGUUUAGAUCGUGAUCCUGAUUACGAUCAUAUAGUUACUACUCUCCUGCAUUAUCCAUUCCCCAUUAGUUUUGAUGAUUUGCGUCACAAGUUACUACUGCAUGAGCAAAGAUUGAUAAAUUCUAAGGAUGCAUCUGAUUCAUCGUCCCAUCAUGCCUUACUUGCCGUUAAAUCUACUGGUACUGGUUCAAGUUCCUCCUCCCAUACUAAUUCUGGAGGGAGAAAUCGGGGAAGGAAUAACAGAAACAGAGGUGGUACUAAUAAUCGUGGGGGCAACAAUGCUCGGGGUAAUAAUGGUGGGAAUGGAGGAAACAAUAAUAAUCGUGGCUCUGGAGGAAACAACAACAAUGGUAAUCGGGGACGAUCAAAUGGUAUAAGUAAAUUUUCUAACUUGUCAUCCUAUAGUAUGCCUUGCCUGGAUUAUAUUACUAAUAAUUUGUCGUCUGCAGGGAGUAAUUCAUCAAAUAGUAACAAUGUUACCUCUACCCCUACUUCCGAUACAUGUGGUUUGUGUUGGUUCCCAGGUCAUCAAGCUGCUUAUUGUCCACAACGUUUCAAUCAUAACUUUGUUCCCUCCUCCUCAGAAAGUGUCACUCGAGCCUUAGCUGCACUGUCUGUUGGUGGUGAAUCUAAUGACUCAGUCUGGUACCCGGAUUCGGGAGCUGCAUCCCACAUGACUCCUCAGGAUGGACCAGAUAACGGGGGAAAUUUUGCUUCAAGGAACCAGUAAGCAAGGUGUCUACCCUCUACAGCCCAGCAUUGUCCCUCCUGAGCCUUAUGUUUCUGCUUUCCUAGCCACUA